AGCCAAGUUGGAUUUACAUCCAAACAUGCCGUAUCCGUAUUGGUACCUAAGGUAAGGGCUACCAGUAAACGUCUUGCCCCUUCUCCUAAAUAUUUACUAUUAAGUAUCCGGCAUAUCUAUAUGUGUAUAUGUCCCAGACCCAACCUAAGAACAUGUUUAUUGUCUUCCAACCUUUAUCCUUAGCGAUAGUCCCAAGUAUUAGAGGCGGAUAAACAAUGACUCGUUACUCUACUAUGGGUCGCGUGCCUAUCAGCAGCCUAGACGAUGAUCAAUUCUAUAGUGCACCAUCCAGUCGUAUAGCUAGCCGACAUGCCAGCCUUAUAGCCUCACAUAACUUACAAGAGACGGGCCACGGCGCAAUAUCCGUGCAAUCCCCUAACUCAACCCACCAGUCCGGUUGCUCAACUCCCGGGUCGCCCCUAGAACCUCACACUCCGGGGUCGAAGCAAAUAUCGAGGCCGCGAGUGGCAACUCCUUUUGCUAUAGACUGUCACCAUAAUCCGAGGCGUCACCAUUUCUGCCCGAAGUCUAUAAGUCGUUGCUUCCACAGGACGUUCCAUGCCACGUCAGAAAGAAUUCCACUACUUCAACCACUGACAAACGACUCAAGCGUAGACACCAACGGCUAUAGGAGGCCUUUGGUAUCAUCGCCCGGAUCCCCUACUGGAACAGAUUGCUGGAGUCCAGCGUACGCCGGAGCCCAGACUCCUUGUUCAGAAUUAGAUGGAGCUAUGCUCGAUGGUCCAAUUGCCGUUAAUAGACAGGCAGCAGAUACCAUUGUUCGCAAUAUACGAGCUUACUUGUCUAAUAGAGGGCAUACCGGUUGUUCAACUCGAACAGAGAGGUCAAGCAUUAACGAGAAUCUGCCCCCCCUAUCAGAAUUGUGGGCUGGCCAAAAUGGCUUUGGAAUUGAUCACCCCAAAGUUAGCGAGUCGAGGGCGGAGAGCUAUCUGGUAACCACGGAUGAUAUUGCGGGGAUUCUAGAUAUCGUAAUUGCUGGUAUUUGCCGUGUUCGCAAUGAUAGUUCGGCAGUUGAAUGUCUCUCGAUGUUAUUACCUAAAGAACCACUGGCAAAGCCUAAGCCCAACAUGGACUUUAUUGUUCCUGGAUCACCCAGCAUUGCCGACCCAGCUACGACGAUCAGCUAUGUCCAACCUUCUUUUAGCAUAGCCAAUUGCUCCGACUAUCAUGGUCAUUGCGUCGACACGGCUAGAACUACGUUCAUUUCUCGACAGAGCAUUACCGAGGUCACAUAGGGAUCCGCCCCGGGAAAUCUGGUCCGGGAGAUAGUUAUGGAGCCUUAUGCGAGCAUCGUUGGGCCUAUGGAGGUCUCUCGAAACGCGUCCACGCACGCCUCGUCAUUGAUCGCUUCAAACACGCCGUCUAUCAGUGACAUGCGAAGGACAAGCGCUAAAUUUCAUUCCACAAUUGAAGAGUCAGCCCAUGUUCAGGAGCCCAAACUUCAAGGUAAAAGGCGAUCGGCGUCCGAACCAGUUAGCCCCAGAAGGUCUUUGGGAGGUAUCAAAAUCCCCACCAAUCGUUAUCGGGAUGGCUCAAUGACAGGUUUCCCAAAGAUUCUCUCGAGAUCCUGUACAAGCGACUGGUU